AUGUCUUCGCGUACGGUGGCAGUGAUUGCCACUGGUCUGGGAUGCUUUGCCCUUGCCGCCUGUUUCCUUGCCUUUCCCAUGAUCCUCAGCGAGAUCAACGACAUCCGCGCUGAACUCGACGCUGAGAUCGAGUCGUGGAAGCUCGAGACCGAUGCUCUGUACAGAGACAUGAACAAAUAUGGCAGAGUUCGUCGUCAGGCUUACGGAUACGGUGCACCUCCACCUCGCAGUAGCUUCCCCAAGGGUAACUUCCCUGGUGGCUUCAGUGACCAGCCCCGUCCAAGUGGCAACUUCCCCGGAGUCGUUGGUGUACCUCCAUCACUCACUGGAACUGACAAUGGUGCUCCAUCAGCUCAACCCAAUGGUAACUGCAACUGCAAGGCUGAGAACUCUUGCCCAGCUGGACCACCAGGACCCAAGGGAACUCCCGGACACGAUGGACCAGACGGAAUCCCUGGAGUUCCUGGAUUUGACGGAAAAGACGCUGAAGAUGCCAAGGCUCAGACACAGCAGUAUGCUGGAUGCUUCACCUGCCCACAAGGACCUCCUGGACCUCCUGGACCCACCGGAAAGCCUGGACCUCGUGGUAUGCGCGGAGCUCGUGGACAGGCUGCAAUGCCCGGCCGCGACGGACAGCCCGGAUUCCCCGGAACCAUCGGAGGACUUGGAGCUCCCGGACCAGCUGGAGAGGAAGGACCACAAGGAGAGCCAGGAGAGGAUGUUGAGCACCAAAUUGGUCUUCCCGGACCUAAGGGAGUACCUGGACCACCAGGAGAGCCUGGAGAUGAAGGACAGCAAGGAGACGCCGGAGCUCCAGGACAGGCUGGUCCUCCAGGAGAGCGCGGACCCCAGGGAGAGAAGGGAGAUGAUGGCGCUACCGGAACUCCUGGAGAGCCAGGAGAGGAAGGAGAGCCAGGCAAGGAUGCUGAGUACUGCCCCUGCCCACAGCGCAAUGCUGCCCAAAACGUCCAGGCAGCUGGAUAUCGCCGUUACUAG